UCCAGGAGUCUCAGUUCUGUUACCUAAAUUAAAUUUCUGUAGAUAAAAAAAAGUUUUAAUUAUUCAACACUACAAAUUCAAGCAAAUUUUUUUUAGAAAUCAUAAACUUGAAAUAUAUAUUCGUUUAUUAAAUUGAUAUUUUAAGGAUGUAUUGAUUUAUUUUCAUCCAUUUGCGAAAAAUUAAGAAAAAAAGUGAAAAAAAAAGCUGUACUCGCGGUUUGACAAAAAAAAAUUUUUUUUAAAACUAAAUUUUACUGCUCUUAAUUAAUGUUAGAGUUAUUUCCCAAUAUUAAAAUUGUUAAUUUUAAAUUAAAUAAAUGAAAAAAAAAUUUUCAUAAUUGACAAACUGUUAAAAUAUUUUUUUUAUUAUGACUUUAUAAAAGACUCAAAAUUUUCAUAAUAUUUGAAGAACUUCAAAAGUGGAAAUUUAAUUUAAUAAAAUACGAGUGAUCGGAUAAUUUAAGAUUAUUAAUAUCAAUUGAUUUUAAUUUAUAUUUUAUUUACAUAUUUGUAGAUAAAAUAACAUAAAAGCAGAAAAAUCGGCGUUAGUUAAAAGGGAAGUACAAUUUCAAUACUAAAAUUAUUUAAGACUUUCUUUUACCAAAUAAUUUUUGGUUUUAAGCAUAGAAAUAUGCAUUACAUAUAUAAAAAAUUAAGAAAUACAAAUUACAAAUUUGAUAAAAUUUAAUUACGAUAUAAACAAGUUAAUAUGUAAUAGGUUUUGUACCUACCCAAAUAGAUUUAAAAUAUAGAUUCUCGAAAAGGUGAUGAAAAUUAGAAAAGUUUUUUAAGAAAAACUUUUGGAAAGAAAUUAAAGAAAAAAAUAAAUAUGGAUGUACAUGUUGUUCAAUUAGAUUUAGUUCCUUCAAAAGGAAAGGAUUUUGAAACAAUUUUAAAUAAAGAAAAUGCAGAUUUUAAACAAGAAAAAGAUAACAUUCAUGAAAAGGAUUGUAAUAAAAUUUUAAUAGAUAAUUGCGACUUUAUCACAAUGGAAAAUACCAACGAAGAACUUCUUAGUAAAUCUGAACUGGAAAUCUCUACAUCAGAGUUCAUAAUUGAUGAGGAUAAUUAUAAUAUUUCACCUAACACAUCUUCAGAUCCGUGUGUGGAUCCACUAGCUAUAGAUGAUUAUAAUGCAGAAGAGGUUUCCUCAAAUAUUAAUGAUUCUCAAUUUAGUUUAUCAAAGGAUAAUAUUAUUUAUAUAGUAGAUGUUGAUGACAUAAAAGAUAAUUCAGUAAAUAGUCCAAAAAUAAAUUCAAUUAAAAUAAGCUCAUUAGAAGACAUUCAUUGUAAAGUUAAUAGAAAUAUUAAGGAAAUUGAGGGAGGUAAUUUGAAGUUAUUGAAUAACCAAAAUUUAGAAAAAUCGAGUACCAAUGAUGAAAACGAAAUGCCAAGUGAUGGUUCCGAUUCUGGAUUAGGGCUUGACAACAAUUUAUUACAAAUAGAUACUUACCACAAAAUGAAUAAUACAAUAACAAUACUUGAAAAAAAUAUAUCUAAUCCCAUAUCAAAUAAAAUUCCGAAUAAAAGUAGUUUAAAGCGGAGAUCUGAUACUUUAGAACAUUCUGUUUUGCUACCAACAAAACGUAACAAAAGAUCAAUACAAUUUGAUAACGUCAAGAUUUUCUACUUUCCAAGAAUACAAGGGUUUUGCUGUGUUCCAUCUCAAGGAGGAUGUACUUUAGGCAUGGGGGCAAAACAUAUUCAAAGUAAAACUUAUAAAUUAAGUGAUCAUGUUAAUGAGCAGAGCGGUGAUAAGGUUUCAAUGCAACUUUGCGGUGCAAAAGGCUCUUCAAGUGAUGAAACUGAUAGUGAUGAAGAUUUAAGCGAAGAAAAUAUUUCAGAUUUAGACCCAGAUUCAAGUGGAUUUUUACAGCCCGUACCAGUAAAAAGUCGACGAGCCCUGCUAAAAGCUGCUGGUAUCAAAAAAAUUGAUUCAUCUGAAAAAGAUGAAUGUAGAGCAAUUAGAGGUUCCAGAGAAUAUUGUGGCUGCCUUUGUAGGGGUUUUUGUGAUCCUGAUACGUGUUCUUGUAGCCAGAAUGGAAUAAAAUGCCAGGUGGAUAGACCAAAUUUUCCCUGUGGAUGUACAAGAGACGGGUGUGGUAAUGCAUAUGGUAGAAUUGAAUUUAAUCCUACUCGAGUACGGACACAUUAUAUUCACACUAUAAUGAGAUUAGAGAUCGAAAAUAAAACCAGAUCAACAUUUAUGCAUGAAAUACAACCGAGUCAACGAUUUUUCCCAAAUUCAGGCCCAGUUGAAGCCUUGUAUGAGGGUGAAAAUAGUACUGCCGGACAAAAUAGUAUUCAGUUUUUUCCAGACCCUGUUUCUAUUACAGAUAAUGAUAAUAAUUUUGAUUUAUUUCCACUACACAACGGAGAGGACAAUUCUCGAAUCUUUCUAUCUGCUGAUCGCGAAAUUAAUUCUGAUGGCGAAUUUUCAUAUCCAGUUUUAAAAUCUUUCCUCAUUCCUACGAAUAAUCAGCAAGAUGAACUUGUUUGUUCCUCAUUAUUAUCAAAAGCUUCUCAAAGAAAUAAUUUAAAGAUUUUAUAUCCACUGCAAGAUGAAGGAAACAAUUCAAGAAUAUCCUUACCUUCUGCAGAUGACAACAAUAUUGAGGAAAAGCUACCAUGCCCAAUUUUAAAGGCCUGUUUUAACUCCAAUAAAUGUGAAAAAAGUGACGAAACUAAUUCAACUGGACAAUCCAAAGUCAACGAAAAUGCUAAAAAUUUACUUUCGCUGCAUAAUACGGAGGAUAAUUUAAGAAUAUCUUUGUCUGAAAUUGAAAAUGUUGAUGAGCUUUUAUAUCCUGUUUCAAAAUCUUUUUUAACUUCUACAGACAAAAUUAUCAAUUCUUCUAAAUCUAGUAACCCUGAAAACAAUGUUAUAAAAAUUUCUACUAGUGGUUUUAAUAUUACAGAACCAAAAUAUUUAGGAAAUUGUGCUCAAGGAUAUGACAGUUUUUCUUCAGCUUAUGCAAAUUUUUUAGAAGAAGCUUAUCUACCAUCGAAAGCAAAUUUUACUGAAAAAAUUCAUAAUGAAAUAUCAGACGUAGGUAAUACAAAUUAUAAUCAAAAUCAAAUUGAAAGAAGUCCAGUGCAUGACUUACUAAAUAUAAAUAGAAAUAAUACUUUACCUUUAUACUGUGCUUCACCUACAGAACUUGUUCCUAAAAAGGAUGAAAAAACUAAAAUUGAACCUUCUAAUUCUCCCACUAAAGAGUUGAACAGCACCGCAAAAAUUUGCACAUUGGCUCCUACAGCACACACUUCAACUUCGAUAUUUGAAGGAACCUCAACCACUAUCGUAUCAAACUAUGUUUCAAGCUUAUGCAGCCAUGAAAAUAAAAAUAACAUGAGUUCAACAACAGAUUGCACCGCAUCUGCUACAAACUCAAAUUUGAAAUGUGACUUGUCUGAAACAAAUUGCACUGAAACGAAAAUGAAAAAAGAAAAUACAAAUGAAUGUAUUCCAGAAAAAACUGAUAUAGAAAUUUUAAUAUCUGAACUUGAUUGUAAACCUGAACAUCUAUCACAACUCUCACCGCCGCAGUUAAAAACCAUUACUUAUAUUUCCCCUUUAGAAACGACGUGCGUCAAUACUUCUAAUACAGAAGAUACGAAAAAUGAAAUGAAAUUACUGGCAACAGUUUAAUAAAGAAAUAUCAAGGUGCCCUAAAAAAAAACACAACUUUAAACUUGGUAUGGGCUUUAGUUAAUACAUAUAUUCUCGUCGACCAAUGUAGAGUUUUCAAAACAAAAAAAGAAAAUUAAAAAAAAUUAAAGAUUAAUUUUAAGUGGUUUGUAUGUACAUACACCUUAAUAUUGUGCGCUUAAAAAUUGAAAUAUAAAAAUUUGUAUUAAAGCCUCUAUUUGAGCUUUCAGACUUUAAAGAAAAAUAGAAAUGUUAUGAAAUUGUUUAAAUAUGUAAUACAGAAAAUUUCUUUUUUCUUCAACACUUACAUUUUAAAACUGAACUGCAUAAAAAGCGAUGUUCUAAAGUUUCAAAUAGUAGUUGAAUUUUUAUUUUCUGUGAUUACCU